AUGGCCGAGUCCAUCCUGAUAUUCACAGAGACAUUGGCCCAGUGUGGCAUCAAGUUGUCCUUGUUCAGGUGGAGGUUCUGGCCCUCCAGGCUCUGCAAAUUGCUUGCUCCACUACAGGCUGUCUGGCUCACCUUCUCCCAGCCUGUCCCAGCCAGCUGUGGCCAGCUGCUGACCCAGCUCCUCUUAUGUGGUUUCUUGGCGGCAGUGACUGCAAGUCUGACCUACCGGUGGCUGGUGUCUUCCCUGCUCUGUCCCCCAGCGCCCUCAACCAUAGUGGCCAUCGUCUAUGGCCUUCUGCUCUUCCUGCUCCUGGGGUUGGUGGCCCCAGCACGCUGCCUUUUUGCACUCAGUGUGCCCGCCCUGUGCACGAGGCAGAGCCGCCGCCUGCUGCUGUCCUACAGCAUCGCUACACUGGCUGCGGAGGUGGUGCCCAACGUCCUGGCCAACAUGGGCGCAGUGGGCCAGGUACUGAGGUGCAUCUCGGAAGGCUCCAUGGAGAAUCUCCUCAAUAGCACUUACCAGCUGAACACAGCGACUAAGGCUCUGGGCCGCAACCAUUUCCAGGCUGUGAGCGUCCAACUUCAGGGAAACGGCUCUGCCUUUCUCUCUCACAUGCUAGGGGUCACUCAGCAGGUCCUGGCUGACUUCUCUGACCUGGAGUCCCUGGCCAGAGGUGCAAUGCUGGGCGUCCGGAGGGUGGUCGGAGGGCUUUUUGUAUUGGGUCUCCUGGCAGAUUCCGCCUACUAUCUCCAUCGAUACCUCAUGAACCUGCACUUUGAUAAUAUCUAUGCCACAGUGCAAUUGGCUCAGUUACUGGAGCAGACCGGGGCCACACACCUGCUGAAUCCCCCACCAUCCUGGCUGAUAUGGGCAAAUCGGCUUCGGCUGUCCCCCCGAGAACUGCUAAGCUGUCUGCCCAUGCUGGUGCUGCUCACCCCACUCCUGCUGACCACAGUCCUGUUGGUAGCCACUGACCACCUGGCCUUCCUCCUGGCACAGGCAGCCAUGGGCUGGGCUCAGGAGCUGCCUGUGGUGCCCAUCACGCUCAUAAUCAAGUACGAUGCAGCAUACACGGUCCUGGACUUCAUCCCUUUCCUUUUCAAUCAGCCCCCCAUCGAGAGCCCUUUUAUCUCCACCCACCGGACCUUUCAGUGGGAACUUCGCUUCACCUCCCCAAACUGUUCACUGCUAUCUCCCCAGCGACCCCACACAGCAGCCCCCCUGGUUGCCGGAGCCCUGCAGCUGAUAGCUGGAUUCAUGGUCCUGCUAGAAACCUACAGUCAUCGCCUGAGACACACUGUAGCCGCUUCCUUCUUCGAGGAGCAGGAGGUGAGGAGAGUCCAUUACCUCCAAGCCCGGCUCCAGCGCAGAUAUGAUAGGCACCGGGCCAGCCGUUGCCCUAGGGUUCUUCCUCCAGGCACCCCACGUGGAGACGCAGGCCUACUGGACAGUGACAUACAGAGCAGAGGUGACAGAAAGGACAAUGAUGGACAAAUCUGA